AUGGCAUUCACCGGCAUAGCGUCUGACACGAAUGCGGCCAUCAUGGUACCUCAAAUUGAAGCGAGAUUCAUCAGAAAACACGACACGCUGCCAAUCAGCACGCCAGUCCCUAUGCUGGUUGUCCUAUUGCAGCCGCAGGCGGCGAAGUAUUUCGUAAGUGACAUCAAAAGUGUUUAUGAACUUAUAAACACAAAUGUUUGUGUUUAUGAAAUCUUCUUUUCAAAUUCUGAAUUUUCUUUUGAAAUUCUAGUAACUCAAGGUGUUGAUAGCGAAGAAGAACUACAGAAAUAUUGCCUUAAUCUGCUACUUGGUAAAAACAGUGUGAAUAUUCUAGGAACAGUUUUCAACAGCUUUCAUCCAUCUCAAAAAGAAUUACCUUUAUCACUAGACUACAAAAUUAGAUAUGCCGAUUAUGGUAAUUGGAGUAGGAUUGAAACAUCAAAGAAGUACCGAGCUCUUCAUUAUAAUCGUUCACACCAAGAAAAUUAUAAAGAUACUACUUUCCUUACAUGGCAAGCAUCUGUUGAAGAAACUUUUAUCGAUUCAAAAAUGGAUCCAAAUAAUCCGAUAGAUUAUAAGGUGAGGUUGCAAAGAUUUCCCAUUCCAGAUCACAGAAAAGCUUCAUCUGGCCUAGAUAUUGUACCUAUGCUUAUUAACUAUGGAUACUUUGUUUUUAUGUUAAAUCUGAUAAGAAGAGUCAUAGAGGAAAAGUCCAACGGUUCGAAAGAACUUAUGAAGAUGAUGGGAAUGACAAACACAGUGUAUUGGAUAAGCACAUUUUUAAACUAUUUUAUAGUGGGUCUACUGACAGUCUUAAGCAUCUCCAUAAUUUAUAAGUCUCCAUUGAAAACUGGAUUCGUCUUUUUAGCCAACACAGAUUUUUUUCUCAUAUUUCUGAUACUCCUGCUGUAUAUAAUCAGUGCGAUACUUUUUUGCAUGACAUUCACAAUAUUCUUCAAUCGAGCUGUCUUCGCAAUCAUAGCAUUUAUAAUCUUAUGGGAUACAUCAUUUAAUUUAUUAAUGCAAAAGUAUUUCUUGAUGAAUAUACAAACAAAUUACUUUGAUUUGUCUCUGUCUGCUAAACUGGCGAUGUGCUUGCUUCCAACUGGCAGUUUAUUAACUGUGUUUGGCAUGAUAUCUGUACAGAAACAAUGGGGGGAUGGUUUUAGUUGGUCCAAUAUUACAGAUUACGCAAUCAGUCCUGAUAUAAAUAUGGCAAUGGUUUUGGGAAUGAUGGUACUGUCGUGCUGUUUGUAUUCUUUUAUGCUUUGGUAUUUUGACAAGGUUUGGCCAUGGCAACCUGGUGUUCAUCAGCCCUUUUAUUUUAUGUUUACAAAAAGUUACUGGUGUGGUGUAAAACCUGAAUUUGAUGAUUUAGACGCAAUGAAAGGGAAAGAUCAGGAUGAAGAAUAUUUUGAAGAGGAGCCUACUGGAAUUUCCCGGGGAGUGGAGAUCAGAAAUUUAUCUAAGGGAUUUCAAGUGAACUUUCAGACGAAGAUGGAAGUCAAAAAUUUGUCUCUAAAUAUAUACCAAGGACAAAUAACAGCUUUACUGGGUCAUAAUGGGGCAGGAAAAACUACUACCAUCAACAUACUUACUGGUCUUUAUACCCCUUCUAGUGGUUCAGCAUCAAUUAACGGCGUGGAUAUUUUGUCUGAUACUCAUGGUGCUCGACGGGGGCUUGGUGUGUGCCCACAACACAAUGUUUUAUUUGACACUUUAACUGCAGAAGAACAUUUAAAAAUAUUUGCUGGGUUAAAAGGGGUGCCAUGGAGAAAUCUUGAGUCUGAAUCACUUAAAGUCUUGGAAAUUUUGAAGUUUACCGAGAAAAGAUAUGAGUUGGUGAAAAAUCUCUCAGGUGGAAUGAAAAGAAAAUUAAGUCUUGGAAAUGCAAUUGUUGGUGGUUCAAAU